GGGAUCCCACCAGGACCUCGCCCACACACUUUGGCACGAUGACAGCCAUCCUGGAACGGAUCAGCACCUUGUCCGUCAGCGGACAGCAACUCCGCCGGCUCCCAAAGCUCUUAGAAGAAGGCUUCCCCAAGAUGCCCGGCACCGUCAAAGAAUCCGAUGUCCCUCAGCUCUUCCGGGAGCCGUACAUCCAAGCUGGGUAUCGCCCCACGGGGCAGCGUUGGCGCUACUACUUCUUCAGCCUCUUCCAGAAGCACAACGAGGUGGUGAACGUCUGGACCCACCUGCUGGCAGCUUUGGCUGUGCUGCUGAGGUUUCAUGUUUUUGCGGAAGCGGAGGAGUUGACUUUGGAAGUCCAGUCUCUGCCCCUCUUCCUCUUUGUCCUCUCCUCUGUCACCUAUCUCACUUGCAGCCUCUUGGCUCAUCUCUUGCAGUCCAAGUCUGAGAUGUUUCACUACACCUUCUACUUUGUGGACUACGUUGGCGUCAGCGUGUACCAGUACGGGAGUGCCUUGGCCCAUUUCUAUUACAGCUCUGACCAAGCCUGGUACGACAAGUUCUGGCUGUUCUUCCUGCCGGCGGCCGCCUUCUGCGGGUGGCUCUCCUGCGCCGGCUGCUGCUACGCCAAGUACCGCUACCGACGCCCUUACCCCGUCAUGAGGAAAGUGUGCCAGGUGAUCCCAGCAGGGCUGGCCUUCAUCUUGGACAUCAGCCCCGUGGCACACCGCGUGGUCAUGUGCCACCUUGAAGGUUGCGAGGAGACGGCGGCCUGGUACCACACUUUCCAGAUACUUUUCUUCCUCGUCAGCGCUUAUUUCUUCCUGCCGGUUCCCGAGAAAUACUUCCCGGGUUCCUGCGACAUCGUUGGCCAUGCCCACCAGAUCUUCCACGCCUUCCUGGCCAUCUGCACACUCUCCCAGCAGGAAGCCAUCUUCCUGGAUUACAAGAACAGGCAAGACAUCUUCCGCAGGCGGCAUGGACCCCUCUCCGUCAUUCUGUCCUGCGGCUCCUUCUUUGGCUUGGUGGCUUGCAGUGCUGUCACCGCACACCUGCUGCAGCGCAGGAUCAGGGCGGAGCUGGCCGUAAAGGAUUCCUGAGGGAUCGCCGUGGGG